AUUUCUUCUAACAACUUGUGCCAUCACACACGUUGAACCUAAAAGGAUUCAAGCUGCAUUCAGAGACUGAAGACAGGAAUCUAGGUCUUGGAAGAUUAAUCUAGGUCUUGGAAAGGAUGCGGGAACGGAGCGCUGUGUCUUUAAGGGGGACGCGCAGAGGUUUCCGCUCCGGACAAAAUGUCUGCGAGGAUCCUGGAAGAGACCAACAGUCCAACACGGCCAGCCUCCCUCCCGCCGCGCUCCGGGGAUGAUGGAAUUGAGGCGACCCACAAUAAAAAGUAUUCAACGAUGUGCAAAAAGGCCAAGACCCAAACCAGCAUUCAAGGAGAACAUACUGAGGAAUCUAGGUUUUAAUCUGAUAGGUUAUUAGAAGAAUAGAACUUCAAAUAGAACUUCAAAUGCAAAGUACUGCAGAUCAUUCUUCAAAGCUCAGAGCUAAGGCUAUAGUGUUUCUGCCUGAGAACUUGGGUUGGCUGGAAACCCUGAGGCAAUGACAGGGACCUCAGUGCCCUUGGGACAUGGCCCACCAACUAAUUUAAAGAUGCUGCAAAGAGGAUGAGGAGGGACGAACUGGUGGUGACCAUGGAAGAGACGGGUGGGCAGGACGAUGCAGCUGCGCUGGGCAGCCCUUUUCCUGGCCUGGAGCCAGCGCCUGCCAGCCGCCUGGGGGCACCAUAUUCCGAGGCCUGGGGUUACUUUCACCUGGCCCCGGCCCGCCCUGGACAGCCGUCUGGCUACUGGGCCACCUGCCGGCUGUGCGGGGAGCAGGUGAGCCGAGGCCCGGGCUUCCACGCGGGCACCCCGGCGCUGUGGAGGCACCUGAAGAGCGCACACCGGCGCGAGCUGGAGAAGAGCGCCGCACGCCGUUCACCGCCGCCCGCGCCCAGCCCUGCUGCGGCCGCAGAAGGCGACUGGGCACGCUUGCUGGAGCAGAUGGGCGCGCUGGCCGUACGGGGAAGCCUGCGAGAGCGCGAGCUGGCACGGCGCGAGGCAGCCGUGGAGCAGGGCGAGCGCGCCCUGGAGCGGAGGCGCAGGGCCCUGCUGGAGGAGGAGCGAGCUGCGGCCCAGGCGCGGCGGGAGUUACAAGCCGAGAAGGAGGCGCUGCAGGCACGGCUGCGAGAACUGAGCCGUCGGGAAGGAGCCUCGACCACGGCCCCCCUGCAGACUCCUCUCAAAGAGGAGCCCGAGGGGGAGAGGGACAGCUACACCAUCACUAAGGUCCAGCUCUAGGUUUGGGCCGCUCCCGCCACCCCAUGCCAGCGCUACCCCAAGUGUGGUCCGCGGACCAGCGUCUUCAGCCUCACCCGGGAGCUGAAUUUCAGCCCGCUGCCUCCCAGUGAAUCAGAAUCUCCAAUGGGCGGCCUUGAAAAGCACUUCUGAGGCCUGAACAAAACCAAAAAUCACUCCUACUCUGGGGUCGCCUGGGGUGCCUGGGAGCGCAAGCUCCAGCGGCUCCCUUUGCUGUUGGCAUUUAGUGGGCAUCGUGCAUGGAGCGGUUUCCCUCCAAAUGCCUUUGGGAAUGAUAGAUCCAGCAGCCCGUAGAACCUAAAUCUUCCAUGGCCUUCUACCUGGUGACUCUGAAAGGACAGAAGCUUUCUUACAAGCCAAAGACUACCACACCACGUGCCUGUACACCAGCCGGGACAACCCAGGGUGCAGGGUCCGUGGAAAUAAUGGUAAAGCAUUUUAUCCGAAAGGAAGAGUUUUAAUCAUUUCCUAACGAGUAAAUCUUUGAUGAGCAAUCUUGGCCCAGUACCAAGUUCAGAAAAGAGGACCCACUCAGUUUCCACGACUGCCCUUUACCCUUAUGAUCUCUUGUGCCUCUGCAGGGCAGUCCUGAGAAGCCCUCUGUUUACUCUCCUCCCCGGUCUGCACAAUACCAAGUGCACCUUGGUCUAUUUCAUCUCAGCCGCCUUUUAUCUGGUUUCAGACCCAUCCGCAGCUAUGGUCAGUGUCUCCACGUUCUGCCUCACACCUGCCUCAUUACCAGGAAAACACGACUUUAUCCUUCAUUGCUAGGAAGAGCACUUCCUUCCCCACCCGACGGCACAGUGCCCACUUUUGGGUCAAAGAAGGCAUCCUUCCCACCUGAGGCAACCUCCUCCUAUGUUUACAUCCAUUCCUUUUCCACCUUCACUGGCUCUUUGCUCCAUUAGUGUUCCUCUGUUUCUCUUAUUCCCUCCCUUUCUCCAGGCUUCCUCUUUCUUGGAAAUGCCCAGUUUCCCUUGCAUUGAAAAGAAAGACUUCCGCAGCCUGGACACUCUCAGCUGAACCACCAUCCAAGGAGGUGGUCCUUCCUGCCUAUUCUUCCUCCCUGUUCUUUGUCUCCUCCAUUCCAUGGUCAGCUUUCCAUGCUACACUGGACUCUUCAGAAGCCACCUCAAUCCCCCAGUGGCUAAAUAUAAUGAUUUAUUCAGACUUCAUUUUGCUUAAUCUCUCCCUUUGUGAAAUUUCUCCUUCAGUAGGGGGAACCUACUUUUCCUCUAGAGAAUUCUUUUUCAUGAUACAAUGAUUUCUAAAUGACUUUUACAUUUCUAAAUGAUUUUUCUUAGGUCUAUUUUUUCCUCAUUUUUUUAUAUACUGAAAAAUUUCAGGCAUCCAGAAGUAGUUGAAAGGCUAGUGCAAUGAAUAUCCAUAUCUACUCUCCACCUCAACUCAACAAUUAACAUUUUGCCAUAUUUACUUUUUCUCCCCUCCACCCCAUACAUACCUGACAUUUCAUCCCCAAGUAUUUCAGUAUGUAUCUGCUAAGAAUAAAGACAUUGUUCUACAUGAUUACAGUGCAAUUACCAUACCUAAGAAUAUAAACAAUUUCCUAACAGCCUCUAAUGUAAAGUCCUUAAUCAGAAUUCCCCAAUUGUCUCAAGAAAGUCUAAUCUUUUUUAAAAAUAGGCUCCAAAGUUAAUAUAUUACUUUUGAUUAUAACCCUUUUAUAAUCUCUUUUAGUCUAGAACACCCUCCUUACUACUUUCCCUUGACAGUUUCGAGUCCCAGCCAUCUGUCUUAUAGAAUGUCCUACAUCUGUAUUUGUUUGCUUAGGCCAGUUUCUGCACUCAUUCUUAGUUCAUUUACCUGUAAGAGCUGCAUUAAUCACCUCUGGGCCCUUGGCUCCUGAACGCUUCCAGCAUUGUGUCCUCCCCCCCCUCCCCGCCCCCCGCCCAAACCCUGGCCUGUCCUUCAUGUCUAAUCCCUGCUCCAUUUCUACUUGCAAAACUGCCACUACAGAUGGAAACAGCAAAUCUAUUCAGUGCCACAUCCCCACUCCUCAUCUCUCCUGAACUCUUAAAAUGUAUCAGGUACAUACAUACUUUACAUGAAUUAUAUUAGUCUCAUAGAGCUCCACAAGGAGGUACUAAUAUUGGGUUGGCCAAAAAGUUCACUUGUUUUUUCCCGUAAGAUGGCUCUAGUGGUACUUAGUUGUCUUUAACUUCAUUCAAAACAAUUUUUUUAGAUUGUAUUAUGAAAGCUGUCA